AAGAGAUUACAGCAAUAAAAAUAAAGGCUUGUUAGCCCCUGAACCAUUUGGAGCCUUGCAAAUCCUCGGUCAUCUCCAUCGACUAGGCACCGAGAAAACCCUUGCCCGAACCUUGGCUCGCCUAGCCGAUAAGUAUGGUCCCAUCUUCACAAUCUGGCUCGGUGUUCACCGUACGGUUGUAGUCAGCAGUCAUUAAGCAAUAAAAGAAUGCUUCACAACAAAUGAUAAAAUUUUGGCUUCCAGGUCUAAAUCAAGCCUUGGAAAGUACUUGAGUUACAAUUAUGCCGCUUUUAUUUUUGCAACCUACGGUCCUUAUUGGCGUAACAUGUGAAAAAUAGCUGUUAUGCAACUCCUUUCAAAUCAUAGAAUAAAGUUGUUGAAGCACAUUCAGGCCUCGGAGGUCUUUUUGUUCCUUCAGAUGUAUUCCCAUUUUUAUGGUGGAUGAACUUCUUAGGACCUGCUAAAACUAUGAAGCGUCUAUCUAAAGAACUGGAUUCUCUUUUGCAAACUUGGAUUGAUGAACAUAAAUUGAAGAGAAUCAAUCAGAUUAGAGAUGAUGAUGAUUGCAAGAGCAUAGAGAAGGAGGACUUCAUUGAUGUGAUGCUAUCGGUUUUAGAGGAUGAUUUCUUUGGUCACUCACGGGAAGACAUCAUCAAAGGAACAGUCCUUGCUCAUAUAAUAGGAGGAGCUGAUACAACAUCGAUAACCCUAACAUGGAUUUUGUCAAAUUUAUUGAACAACAGACAUGCACUAGAGCUUGCCCAACAAGAACUAGACCUCAAAGUUGGAAGAGAAAGAUGUGUACAAGAUUCUGACAUAGAAAAAUUAGUAUACCUUCAAGCCGUUAUUAAAGAAACAUUGCGAUUAUACCCACCAGGUCCACUUGCAGUUCCACACGAAGCAGUAGAGGAUUGUUACAUUUCUAGGUAUUAUAUUCCGAAAGGAACUCGAAUAUUUGCAAAUUUGUGGAAAUUACAUAGAGAUCCAAAUGUUUGGUCGAAUCCUGACGAGUUCUUGCCAGAAAGAUUUCUUGCUAAUGAAGGUAAAAAUGUAGAUUUUUCUGGUCAGAAUUUUGAGUAUAUACCAUUUGGAUCCGGAAGAAGGUCUUGUCCUGGUAUUAAUUUUGCAAUACAAGCAAUACAUGGUAUUAAUUUUUGCAAAUAG